GUUGGUGGUGUUUCGGGGAAAUUUCAUGUAUUGAAUGGACUGGAAUUGCUUUCCGUGUGAGGAGGAUCGUUGCUGUUACUUUGUGAUGAAAUCGGGAAUGAAUUGCUCGGUUUAAAAAUGCUGCUUUGGAUUCUGUUGCUGGAGACGUCUCUUUGUUUUGCUGCUGGAAACGUUACAGGGGACGUUUGCAAAGAGAAGAUCUGUGCCUGCAACGAGAUAGAAGGGGAUUUGCACGUAGACUGUGAGAAAAAGGGAUUUACCAGCCUGCAACAUUUCACCGCCCCAACUUCCCAGUUUUACCAUUUAUUUCUGCAUGGAAAUUCCCUGACUCGACUUUUCCCUAAUGAGUUUGCUAACUUUUACAAUGCAGUCAGUUUGCACAUGGAAAACAACGGUUUGCAUGAGAUUGUUCCUGGGGCUUUUCUUGGGCUGCAGCUGGUGAAACGCUUGCACAUAAACAACAACAAGAUCAAAUCGUUCAGGAAGCAGACUUUCCUGGGGCUGGACGAUCUGGAAUACCUCCAGGCAGAUUUUAAUCUAUUGCGGGAUAUUGACCCGGGAGCAUUUAGGGACUUAAACAAACUAGAGGUGCUGAUUUUAAAUGACAAUCUCAUCAGCACCUUGCCCCCCAACGUGUUUCAGUAUGUGCCGAUCACCCACCUUGACCUCCGGGGAAACCGUCUUAAAACCUUGCCUUAUGAGGAGGUCCUGGAGCAGAUCCCAGGCAUUGCUGAAAUCCUGCUAGAGGAUAACCCCUGGGACUGUACUUGCGAUCUGCUGUCGUUGAAGGAAUGGCUGGAAAAUAUACCCAAAAACGCUUUGAUCGGCAGAGUGAUUUGUGAAGCUCCCACUAGGUUGCAGGGCAAAGAUUUAAAUGAGACCACAGAGCAAGAGCUGUGCAAAAAGAACAGAGUGGAUUCUAGUCUAGAUGCUCCCCCUGCCGAAGAAGAAACCUGUGAUCCUGGUCCCAUUCCAACCCCCUUUAAAAUACAUGGCAAGGAAGACCCUGCCACACCAGGAUCUGGUCCAAAUGGAGGUACAAAGAUUCCUGUCAACUGGCAAAUCAAGACUAGACCCACUGCUGCUGUGUCGACAGUUAGCGCAAAGAGUAAGUUACUGACUAACUUGUCCUGCCCUCAGAUCUGCAGCUGUGAUCAGAUCCCUGGCUCAGGUUUAAAGGUUAAUUGCAAUGACAGGAAUGUGAGCAGCUUGGUGGAUUUGAAGCCUAAGCCAUCCAAUGUGCAGGAGCUGUUUCUGAGAGACAACAAAAUACACACCAUCAGGAAAUCCCACUUUCUGGAUUACCGGAAACUUAAUUUACUUGAUUUGGGCAACAACAACAUAGCCACCAUUGAGAACAACACCUUCAAGAACCUCUUCGAUCUCCGAUGGCUGUAUAUGGAUAGCAACUACCUAGACACCCUGUCCCAGGAGAAAUUUACUGGGCUGCAAAACCUGGAGUACCUGAAUGUGGAGUUUAAUGGGAUCCAGCUGAUCAUGCCUGGCACCUUCAAUGCAAUGCCCAAACUGAGAGUCCUCAUCCUCAACAACAAUCUACUGAGGUCUCUCCCAGUUGACGUCUUCGCCGGGGUCUCACUUUCCAAACUGAGCAUACACAACAAUUAUUUCAUGUACCUUCCCGUGGCGGGGGUGCUGGACCAGCUCACCUCCAUCACCCAGAUCGAUCUGCAUGGCAACCCGUGGGACUGUACUUGCCCUAUCGUGCCUUUCAAACAGUGGGCGGAGAUGUUGCGCCCCAAGGUGAUUAUGAGCGAUCUGAGGUGUGAGUCCCCAGAAGAUUUCUUCAAGGAGGAUUUUGAGUCUCUCUCCAAUGACGUGAUUUGCCCUCAGCUGAAAAUAUCACCCACACUAAGUUCUACCAACAAAAACAGCACAGGAUUUGCAGAGACAGGUACUCACUCCAACUCCUACUUGGAGACCAGCCGGGUCUCCAUUUCGGUGCUGGUGCCAGGGCUCCUGCUGGUUUUUGUGACCUCUGCUUUCACGGUGGUUGGCAUGCUGGUGUUCAUCCUGAGGAACAGAAAGCGGUCCAAGAGGAGGGACGCCAACUCGUCUGCAUCUGAAAUCAACUCCUUGCAGACAGUCUGCGACUCAUCCUACUGGCACAACGGGCCCUACAGCACCGACGGGGCCCACAGGGUUUACGACUGCGGCUCCCACUCCCUGUCGGACUGAGGCGGGGUCGGGGGCGGCCGCCACCCGGGGACCGGCCCUGCGCUGCUGGGGAGGCACACGCCAGCCAGGAACGGCUCUGCACAUCGGCUUCCUUCUGUGAGAAAUAAAACACACUCGCGCGCACUCGUCCUCGUCCCCCACUGCAAGCGCUGUGCCCGGUGCUCGCUGGGGGGAGCCCGGCGCCGGGGCGCAACCCCCCCAGCUCGGCGCAGCCCCCCGCGACUGGAGCAUCCCCCGCCCGUGCUUCGCCGGAGCGGCAAUGGACGAGAGAGGACACCCUUCCUGCGGCCCCGGCAGGGAAAACCACGGCUGUUGGUUUUAUUGGGCUUUUGUUCUGUUGUGCUGGGAGUCGUUUUGCUUUUCUGCCCUUUUCCCUUUUGGACGCACCCUUCUCCAAAAGGCGAGGAAGAGGAGGGGGGCGGAGGAAAGGCUGAUGUCAGCCUCCUCCUGACAGCAAAGCAGGAGUGGAAAGUUGCACGAAGGCAUGAAUGUAAUGUAAAUAAAUGACUCCGACUCCGAAACAGACAAAUGAACAAAAAGUAAAAUAAUAAUAAUAAUUAAAAACAAAAACAGACAAACAAUCAGACAAACAAACAAAAAAACAAGUGCUGCAUGGCUCGCAUGGAUACAACGCAUCCCAGGGACGCUCCAGCCCCCGACUGGAAGCAGCGUCUAGUUCACACCAUCAUCCCUCUUACCUGAUAAGUCCCUUCAUAUCAAACCUUCUAUAUAAGAAAUACAGUAUAAUAAUAAAAGUGCCAUUUCCCCAUUUUUGUGUGAUCAAUAGGCAGUAGAAAUCGUACUUUUACUGUGGAAAAAUGUAAAGGUUUUAUUUAAGACAUAGUUGCAUGAAUAUUCUCAUCUGUUUUUUUUUUUUUUUUUUUUUUUUUUUUUUCGUUGAGGAGGGAAUGACUUUAUUGGGAGAUAUCUGUUUUCUUGAUGAUGGGUUUCAUUUCUUUUUUUGGGGGGGAUGGGGGGUAGGCUUUGAUUUUGUUUUCUCUCUCUUCUUUUUCAAUAUACAAAUUCAGUAUUGCCUUUCCAUCUGAAUGUAAAAAUUAGUACCCUUGAUUUAUAUUAUGGUAACACUGUAAACAUUCAAAACAAA